UUUAACCGGUUCGGCUUGGUUUUGUAAGGAAAAAAAACAUUCAAGAGAGAUAAAAACAAAAAAAAAAACAAAGCAGAGGAACAGAACAUAAGCUCCGACCGAGAAAGAAUCGAAUCCCUCUCUCUCUCCGACGACAAACCAGACCUGCGACCCUUGAGAUAGAAAGAAAAAAAUGGGUUUCUUCUCUUUUCUCGGAAGAGUUCUCUUCGCUUCUCUCUUCAUCCUCUCCGCUUGGCAAAUGUUCAAUGAUUUUGGAGCUGACGGUGGUCCAGCAGCUAAAGAGUUGGCUCCCAAGCUUGGUCUGGCCAAAUCACACCUCUCUUCCAGAUUAGGAGUAGCAUUGCCCGACAUAGAGGUGAAGCAAGUCGUAUCGGCAAUUGUUGCUCUGAAAGGGCUAGGAGGCUUACUCUUUGUUGUUGGCAACAUCUUUGGUGCCUAUCUUCUGGCUUUCUACUUGGUGGUUGUUAGUCCCAUCUUAUAUGAUUUCUACAACUAUGGACCCGAGGACCGCCAAUUCUCUCUUCUGUUGACCGAGUUCUUGCAGAGUGUUGCGCUUCUCGGGGCAUUGCUAUUUUUCAUUGGAAUGAAGAAUUCGAGGACGACCUCCUCCUCAAAGAGCAGCAACCUGAAGAAGAGGACACCCAAGCCUAAAGCUGCUUAGAGUUGGUCUAUUCUUUUCUUCCACAAACGUGUUUCAGGCUUUAGAACAGCUUCUCAUGUCUUCAAGCUCUUACCUUCUUUUGUCUACACUUGACCACAAUUCUAUUUUUUUUUCGAGUUUUUAUUUAUCUUUAAGAUCUUAGAAUUUCUUUUGUUUUAUUGUUCCGACAAUAUUUUUUAUCAUAAUUUUUGUUGUUCCGACAAUUUUUGGCUGCAUAAACCAUAUUUUUGCUGCAUUA